CAAAGGUCCAGGUGGAGUACCAAGGGGAGACCAAAAGCUUCUAUCCAGAAGAGGUGCCAUCUAUGGUCCUGACAAAGAUGAAGGAAAUUGCUGAAGCUUACCUUGGGAAGACAGUCACUAAUGCUAUGGUCACAGUCCCCACUUACUUCAAUGAAUCCCAAAGUCAGGCGACCAAAGAUGCUGGAACAAUCGCUGGUCUCAAUGUGCUCCGUAUCAUCAAUGAGCCAACUGCCGCUGCUAUUGCUUAUGGCUUGGACAAGAAGGUUGGUGCCGAGAGAAAUGUGUUCAUCUUUGACCUUGGAGGUGGUACCUUUGAUGUCUCCAUCCUCACCAUUGGAGAUGGGACCUUUGAAGUGAAGUCAACAGCUGGAGAUACCCAGCUGGGUGAGGAGGACUUUGACAACCGCAUGGUCAAUCAUUUCAUUGCCGAGUUCAAGCGCAAGCACAAGAAGGACAUCAGUGAGAACAAGCGUGCCGUCUGCCGCCUGCGUACCGCUUGUGAGCGAGCCAAGUGCACCCUUUCCUCCAGCACCCAGGCCAGCAUUGAGAUUGAUUCCCUCUACGAGGGCAUCGACUUCUACACCUCCAUUACGUGAGCCCGCUUCGAAGAG